AUGGAUGGAACCCUCCAUCAGCACAAACCUCUUGAUCGACUAGUUGGCAAUCAAACCUGUUACUCUUUCGAUUUGAAAUCUGCCACCGAUAGGUGGCCAGUAUUAUUUCUCUUCGAAGUGUUUAAGGUUUGUUUUGGUCAGCCGUUCGCUUCUAGUGUUGUUAAUUCAGCACUAGCCUUUAAUUUCUUUGAGGUCCCAUUCGUAAAGAAGAAGGACUCUCCAGUCUAUUUUAGGGGCGGACAGCCGCUAGGAUAUUACUCCUCUUGGCCUUUGUUUACACUUACUCACCAUAUUAGAAUUUGGUGGUGUGCCGAGCAGAUAUACCCAGGUCAGCUUUUUGACAGGUAUGCAGUACUCGGUGAUGAUGUACUCAUUACCGAUCAGGAAGUAGCCAGAGUGUAUGAGACAGCGCUUGGUCGAUUAGGGGUUUCGAACAAUUAUCAGAAAUCCUUGAUCUCCACCACUGGCUCAGCGGAGUUCGCUAAAAGGUUUAGAGUCCGGGGAUUGAGUAAGGACUUAAGUCCGAUAUCCAUCCUCCAUCUAACAAAUUCCUUCCGGACUGAUGAGUGUCCAAAUGACUUACCCUUGCAACAGGUUAACAACCUUAGCGCGGGUUGGUGGAGCCGGCUUUCGCCAAUUAGCGACUUUUGACCAUAAGCGGAACCGUCACUUCGAAAGGGUUCUGGCUAUGUACACUAAGCAAAGGCUCCCGUUUGAGCUAUGGCUUGGACGGGGGUCUCCUCUUAAC